CUGACAUCAAAUGCUGAUGUCAGACUUAAAAGUAAGAGAAUUUUUUAUUUUUUCGUCCUUAAACCUAAAAUAUUUUACUAAGCAGGCAAAAACCAAGUAUUAUUUCAGCCAGUCCAGCUGGACAUGUGGUGAAAAAAAAGCAUUUGAUAUUAUGUAAAAUGUGUCUAUUUCAUGCACUUUAUAUAAAUGCCGAUAUGUUUACAGGUUAUGGAGACAUCACUAGAGUUUCUGCCUCAGGUGCUUCUGAGAAGACUUCUCAGCAGGAUAGACUGGGUUACUCUGGUGUGGAGGCAUCAGAAAAAAUGGCCCAAAUGGAUUCUGGAAGAAUGAAUAAGUACAAAUCAAAAAUCAACAGUUUGGGAAGUCAGUGCGGUAUUGAUCCGGCCCUUAUUGCUGCCAUCAUCUCCAGAGAGUCCAGAGCUGGAAACGUCCUGCGUAACGGAUGGGGGGAUCACGGUAACGGCUGGGGACUCAUGCAGGUGGAUAUUAGAUAUCACCAAAAGGAAGGAGACUGGGACAGUGAGGAGCAUCUCCGCCAAGCUACAGGGAUCCUUGUUCAUUUCAUUAAAAGGAUUCAGAACAAGUUCCCGAACUGGAGCAGAGAGCAGCAGCUGAAAGGAGGAAUAGCGGCCUACAACACGGGGGAUGGAAAGGUCCAUUCAUAUGAAAAUGUGGAUCAACACACAACUGGCAAAGAUUACUCCAAUGAUGUUGUUGCCAGAGCCAAAUGGUACAAAAGAAACGGUUUCUAAAGUGUGCGGCUGAUAAACCAGAGUGUAUCCAGCUAAAAAGAAAAAAUACUUUCAUGCAUGCAUCUGUUUUAGAUUAUGCUUGAUUUAUGCUUCAGCAAUCUGUUUAGGUUUCUAUUUAGUCGGAGCAAAGCUGGUGGAAAAGUCAUGUUUAGAAUCAACAGUGUCCAUUAUGUUAAAUCUGAUGCUUAAGGAGAAAUUCAUGUACUGUGCAGAAUGUUUUGCAUUUGUAAUCAUAAACCGCUGAAUAAGUUUGAAUAAAAUGGUAA